CUCCCUCUCCGAUCUUCGAACCUGUAAAUUCAGCCAAAAAUGGAAACCCGAAACUAUCCAAUUUGAAUCACAAUCCCCAAUCACUACGCUCAUCUACUCAACCACCGCCAUUGACAGUAUGCAACUCUGUCGCCAUGUCUAUAUAGAUAACAGCAGCAGCGUUGCUUCAAAUACUAAUCACGAUCACGAUCACGAUCACCACCUCCACUCAGAAAGCGUUCAUCGGAUUUGCGAAGGCUGUCCGAUGGACCGACCUCGCCGAUUUCCUCAGGGAGCACUUGCAUUUGUGUUUCUGCUCCGCCGCCGCUUGCCCUUACGUGGUUCCAAAGCUCGCCGUGAAGCCUCUGCAGACUGCUCUGAAAAAAGAAGAAGAAGCAUCUUGUUCUUCUAUUUCAGAGGUGAGAGGCGAGGAGGGUAAUAUUGUCAAUUACUCACGUAUCCGUGUACUUUUUCAAAAGUGGGGGUUGAAUUGAAAUUUCGGAAACAUCGAGGGUCAAGUUUGUAAUUUGUGAUAAAGGUAAAUAGCCAAACCAGCCACAUUCUUAUAAUCUCACUCUCUCUCUCUCAGUUCGCGAACAAUAGAGAAAGAGGGACCUAGGGUUCUUUCUGAUUUUCGCGACUACCGGAAGCUUCUCUCCGCCGCGACAGUCCUCGCCCGCUUCUCCGCAACGCCGUCACCUUCGACGCCUUCUUCGCUCUCUUUUCCAGUGCUUUGAUAUGUUAAGUUACAAAUGUUGAAGCCUUGGCUUCCACUUAUGUGAUGUUCAAGGCUGUCCAAAGCUGGAUGUUUCCUUCAGAGUUCGAAGUAUUGAACCCUGUUUUAGGUCAUAUAUGGAGGAGGCAGUGGUGGUUGUGGUGGUGUUUUUUUUUCCUCAAAUCAGUGGAGCUAGGUCAUAAUAAGAAAUUUAACAUGAGUUCAGAGAGCAGGAGCCUAAGCAGGAGCAGGAGCAGGAGCCCUAAGGAUCGUAAGAUCCGUUCCGAUCGCUUUUCCUAUCGUGAUGCACCUUACAGGAGAGAUGGUCGUCGGGGUGGUGGUUUCAGCCGAGACAAUCUCUGCAAGAACUGCAAAAGACCUGGCCAUUUUGCUAGAGAAUGCCCUAAUGUUGCAAUUUGUCACAAUUGUGGUCUUCCCGGGCACAUUGCUUCGGAGUGUACUACAAAGUCACUAUGUUGGAAUUGCCGUGAACCUGGUCACAUGGCCAGUAACUGCCCGAAUGAAGGCAUCUGCCACACCUGUGGCAAGGCUGGACACCGUGCUAGAGACUGCACUGCUGCCCCAAUGCCACCCGGGGACUUAAGGUUGUGCAACAACUGCUACAAGCAGGGUCAUAUUGCAGUCGACUGCACAAAUGAGAAGGCAUGCAACAACUGUAGGAAGACAGGUCACCUGGCGCGUGAUUGCCCAAAUGAACCCAUCUGUAACAUGUGCAAUGUAUCUGGGCAUGUGGCCAGGCAGUGCCCCAGAGCCAAUGUUUUGGCAGAGAGGGGAGGAGGUGGUGGUGGUGGUGGUGGAGUUCGCGGCAGUAGCGGCGGUGGCUACCAUCGUGACAUUGUAUGUAGGAACUGCCAGCAACUUGGGCAUAUGAGCAGGGAUUGCAUGGGCCCCUUGAUGAUCUGUCAUAACUGUGGGGGGCGAGGACACCUGGCAUAUGAGUGCCCUUCUGGUAGGUUCAUGGAUCGCUACCCCAGGAGGUACUGAGUACUGACAAGUGGUAGAUCGUCUUCUGAUUGCAGUUUCCUUUUUAUCUUGAGGAAGAGUUUCAGGUUUUAGGUUUUAAGUUGAAGGUUGGAACUAGACCGUGAGGAGUUGAAUUGAUACGUUUUAGUAGAAUAUGUUUGUUUAUGUGGAGUAUUAAUUUUGCAUUAGAACGUAAUUGACCAUAUAUGAUUAUAAUUUUUGCAUUCUUCGGCUAUUACUACAAAUAAUUACUGUACGCCAAUUAUUGGAGUUGCCUGAUGAUGAGUUGUCAAGUUUUCUGUUUA